GUGCAGCUCACACACACACUCACUCAGACACUGGAGACAGAGACAUCACCUCCAUGUGUAUAUGUGCUUCGUGAUUCAAACCUUUUGGAACUAGACUAAUUGAUUAUCCUUGGUCUAACACUGAGACAGCUUGGAUAGACCAACGUUGAGGAAAUUGGAGGACCCUGUGGAUAGAUUAGACUCUGUGGGAGUAGUGUUGUGGGCAUGCAGCCGGACCUCUAGCGCUGUGGCAGACGCUGGGAGAGUCGUCUUGUGACUGAGGGUUUGGGAAGAGAGGAGAGGACCAAUGCUUUUCAUAGAGCGCCCGCGUGUGAUGAACCUGGAGCGGCCGGUGGGUGUCCGGGGCCUGGAUAUGGAGCAGCGGACGGGGGGUGUCCGGGGCCUGGAUAUAGAGCAGCGGACGGGGGGUGUCCGGGGCCUGGAUAUGGAGCAGCGGACGGGGGGUGUCCGGGGCCUGGAUAUGGAGCAGCGGACGGGGGGGAAGCUGGGGAAACUGACCCUGGGCUUCCAGAGGAGCUCUACGUCAGACGACGACUCAGGUUGUGCCCUUGAGGAAUACGCCUGGGUACCGCCUGGACUCAGACCUGAACAGGUGAGCAGCACGGCAUCAUCAUCAUCAUCAUCAUCAUAUCCUCAUGUGUCUGUUGAAUAGUCAACCACAAGCUUCUCCAGUAACUACGGUCGCUAACAACGACCACCUCAAUGGCAUCACAUAAAGUCAGUAAAUGAAUGCAUGUGUAUAUGUGUUUGAUGCCUCUGCUAAGUCAAGAUCACGGUCAACAGCAUCAUCACCUUCAGUCAAAUUAGACGGAGAUACAUGACUGUAACUAUAACAUGAUGGAGAUACAUGACUGUAACUAUAACCUGUAAAUAUAACAUGAUGGAGAUACAUGACUGUAACUAUAA